CCAAGGCUCCCAAUUAACGUGGGCUGCUGUGUCUGGUGCUGGGUUAUUUUCUCCUAUUUUUCCGUUCCUCGGAGUUUACUAUUGCGAGAGACACCAGCUCUGCCAUUGCGUCUGCCUUGCUCCCUUCCCACCCUAACCGGAGGGAAACCAAAAAGCAACAGCUGAUGGCAAAUCCGCUCCGGCGCUAGCACGCCCCCUCGGCGGCGGUCUCCUGUUGCUUCUCGGAGCCUGACCGCCCUUUGGAAAAAUCUCUCCGCCCCCCUCGAGAGGAGAAGGGAGCAGAGGACGCGCGCGAGCCCGGAGCGGGAGGACUGGCAGGGAGAGGAGGAGAGGGGGUCGUCUGCGCGCCGCCGCUACCCAGAAGCCAGCGGACGGCGGCACGAGACUGGGGUCCCCGCGCCCAGCCCGGAGCGAGCCCCCGCCCUCGCCCCCGCCCCCGCAGGACGCGCCUCCCAGCCCGCCCCGACUCCUAGGAGGUGGGGAGGCGGGAAAGCAGCUCGAGCCUCGCCCACCGCCCUGCCCCCAGCCCCGCCACUCCCAGGCUCCUCGGGACUCGGAGGGUCCUCCUGGGAGUCUCGGAGGGGACCGGCUGUGCAGCACAGUGUCAAGGCCUGGAGAUUGGAGCUAUGUUCUCCCUGCUCCUCAAGACAAGCAUAUAAAUCCAUCCGCCAGGACUUUCAGAAGUUCUCCGUGUGAUCCUAAGGUACAACCAGGGUUGAGAACUGGAAUAAACAAGGAAGCGGGGAAGGACAUUACACCAUGGAGUUGGUGCUGGUCUUCCUCUGCAGCCUGCUGGCCCCCACGGUCCUGGCCAGUGCAGCUGAGAAGGAGAAGGAAAUAGACCCUUUUCAUUAUGACUACCAGACCCUGAGGAUUGGGGGACUGGUGUUCGCUGUGGUCCUCUUCUCGGUUGGGAUCCUCCUUAUCCUAAGUCGCAGGUGCAAGUGCAGUUUCAAUCAGAAGCCCCGGGCCCCAGGAGAUGAGGAAGCCCAGGUGGAGAACCUCAUCACUGCAAAUGCAACAGAGCCCCAGAAAGCAGAGAACUGAAGUUCAGGCCUCAGGUGGAAGCCUCCAGAACCUGAAGGCCACUGCUUGAACCUUUGGAUGCAAAUGACGCUUAAGAAAACUGGCCACUUCAGCAACAGCCCUUUCCCCAGGAGAAGCCAAGAACUUGUGUGUCCCCGCCUUCCUCUCCCCUCUAACACCAUUCCUCCACCUGAUAAUGCAACUAAUACUGGCCUCCCCAUGCAGCCUGCGGUCCCGCCCACCUCCUGUGAUGUGUCUGUGUGUGAGUUUGUGUGUUUGCUGACUGUGGUCUUCGUGGCUACUCGUUCAUGGAUGGUAUUGUGUUUGUUAGUGAACUGUGGACUCGCUUUCCCAGGUGGGGGCUGAGCCACAUGGCUAUCUGCUCCUCCCUGCCCCUGUGGCCCUCCAUCACCUCCUGCUCCUAGGAGGCUGCUUGUUCCCCAAGACCAGCCCCUCUCCUGAUUGAGGGAUGCACAGGGUAAGAGCACGGGCAGGAGUCUUCAGCCGUCUUGGGACCUGGGAAGGUUUGCAGCGCUUUUUCAUGGACUUCCUUCACGCCUUCAACAAAAACCUCACUUUCUUAUCCCACGCUGACCCCGAUGUGAAGGUCUUUUAGCAAUUGGAGAUCCAAAGCAAGUUGCUGGUGAGUCCAGCGUUGACUUCAGGCAAGCUCUGCCUUUCCAUGGUUAAUUUCUUCCCGGGGGCUUCCACGAGUAGUCCCCGUCUGCCCUGCCCCUUCGCAGAGCGCCCGGGAUUCCAGGCCCAGGGCUUCUACUCUGCCCCUGGGGCAUGUGUCCCCUGCAUAUCUUCUCAGCAAUAACCCCAUGGCCUCUUAGACCCUACCCCUUCCAACCUUCCCUGCUUCUGAGAUUUCAGUCUACAGCCCAGCUCAUCCAGAGGCAGACUCCAGUCCCUGCAAUUGGUCUCUGUCAGGCAAUAGCUGAGGGAUUUCCAUUCCAUUGGGGCCAGCACACUGGGAUGGGUGGAGGGACAGAAGAAGCCUUUGCUUCUCUGCUCACGUCUUCUUGGACGGGCAGCAGAGGAACUCCUGCCUCCUUCGCUCUGCCUGUUGGUGGUCAGAGCGGUGAGCGAGGUGGGUUAGAGUCUCAGCAGGCUCUGUGCAGCCCCUGGGAAUGGUGAGAGGUUGAAGGUCAUAAUGAGAGUGGGAACUCAACCCAGAUCCCACCCCUCCUGUCCUCUGUUCCUGUGGAAACCAGCCAACUGUGCGCUGUGAUCCAUUGCUGUUCUCUGUGUCGUGAUCUAUCCUCUGAACAAUGACAGAAAAAAGGAAUAAAAUAUCCUUUGUUUCCUA